CAUUUAGCUGUUAUAAACACAUUAGAAGUAGAAGAGCGAGGCGGAAGUAGCUGCUCUAAGAAACUGUGUAGUCACUGUGUGUGUGACCGGUCUCAAACCAAACUGUUAGUAAAUUAAGUAUUUCUGGACGGUGUUUGGUUUCUUCAUUACCGACAUCAUGUCUAUUAUGUCAUAUAACGGAGGGGCUGUCAUGGCCAUGCGUGGAAAGAAUUGUGUUGCAAUCGCGUCUGAUCGGCGGUUCGGUAUCCAAGCCCAGAUGGUCACCACAGACUUUCAGAAAAUCUUCCCCAUGGGUGACAGACUCUACAUCGGCCUGGCUGGACUGGCCACAGAUGUGCAGACAGUAUCUCAAAGGCUCAAGUUCCGUCUCAACCUUUACGAGCUGAAAGAGGGGCGUCAGAUCAAGCCCAAGACCUUCAUGAGCAUGGUGUCCAACCUGCUGUAUGAGAGGAGGUUUGGGCCGUACUACAUUGAGCCCGUGAUUGCUGGUCUGGACCCAAAAACCUUUGAGCCUUUCAUCUGUUCCUUGGACCUGAUUGGCUGCCCCAUGGUAACAGAAGAUUUUGUGGUCAGUGGCACUUGUGCCGACCAGAUGUAUGGCAUGUGUGAGUCGUUAUGGGAGCCUGACCUGGAGCCGGAGGAUCUGUUCGAGACUAUUUCACAGGCAAUGCUGAAUGCAGUUGAUAGAGACGCUGUUUCUGGCAUGGGAGUUAUAGUGCAUGUCAUUGAGCAAGAUAAGAUAACUACACGGACCCUGAAGGCCAGAAUGGACUAGAAAUAUCAACAUCAACACCACUGCUUUACUCUUCUCAGAAUUCUUUUUUUGUAUGUAAUAGAAAAAAACAUUUUGGAUCCAUUUCUUCCCUCAGAUGUGUUCAAUAAACUGAUCUGCCAUUUGA